GCAGGUUCAAUGACGACAGAAGGAAAGAGACUCGCCUACUUCUACAGCUGCACCAAUCCGAGCGUGUCGAGCAGACGAGCCUUCAGAUGCCUUCUGCACAUCGACUCUUUUAUAGCCCACAAGACUGCGAUCGUGUGACAGCAGCACAACACCAGCGAGCCUCCGAGAGCAUGAUCUUCCAUCAGAGCCGUGCUGUCUCAAGGGCACAUUUAUCCACAAAUGAAGCAUUCGACAGAGAAGAGAAACGGAUCGUAUUAGAGCUGUAAAGAUCGAGGAUUAAUACGAGUCUUUUAAACGGGACGAAGAAAAUCCUGAAUCAUUCACGCUGCGGACAGGCAGUAGCCAGGAAUGGUGGAUCACUUGCUGCUUGAUGAAGAGACUUUUUUUUCGUACACUUUGCCGCCAACCCACGACCUUUCGGAUAUGGUGACAGACGACGGCGUGUAUCAUAUGCUUCCGUCUCCAUUCUCAGAGGACAACCUGAGCGACUCAUCCAGCUCACGUUCCUGCUCCAGCCCCGAGUCUCAGGUCCUUGGCUCCAGUUGUGGGAGCACCUCGAGCGGAGAAAGUCAAGAUGGCCUCCUCGACUUCCUCCACUCUCAGUCCACUUUGAGCCAAAUCUCCUCGACCACAAUGUCUCCCAUGGUCCCUCCCGUCCUUCCCAUGGGUCUGUCAUGGGAGUCGCGACGUGACCGCACCGCCAAAGAGGAGUGCUUUGAGUUUCCAGUUUUCCCAGGAGAACUUGAGGACCACGCAGGGCUGCUGUUUCAGCCCACGCUGGAGGAGAUCGAGGAGUUCUUGGAGGAGAAUAUGGAAGUCGUGGCCUUUAAGGAGGAAACCAGUGAGGGGUUGGUGAACAGUUCUGACAGCCAAGGAGAUGCGUCUGAAACAUGGGCCCAAACCUUAGACCAAACCGUGCCUGUCUCGAGUGACGUAGUCACAGCCAACGCCGAGCCCAAAAGUGAACAAUCCUCACUAGCGACCUCCACAAACCCUCAAAGUGCGCUGAGAAAGGAGGAUUCAUCUGGGAAGGAUGUGGGAAUGGAGAGUCCCGGCGUGCCCGUGAUUCUACAGCUUCAGCCCGUCCAGGUUAAGCAGGAACUGAACCCCAAAGCCGCCCCGUCAACACCACAACCUGCUUCGGACAUCAAAAUAACACAGCUCCUCGUGAACAUCCAGGGUCAGACAUUCGCCCUGGUUCCUCAGAUGAUCCCCCAAGCCAGCCUUAACAGCUCUUCCUCCAAGUUCGUCCGCAUCGCCCCAGUUCCCAUCGCUGCCAAACCCAUGGGCCUUGGGGAGAACGGAACGGGAGACGGCCAGGGUGCAGGACUCAUGGUCGGCGGACACAAAUUCCAGAAAAGCUCAGUAGCUGAUCUUAUAAAAAUGCACAAGUGCACUUUUCCUGGCUGUGCCAAGAUGUACACCAAGAGCAGCCACCUGAAGGCCCACUUGAGGAGACACACGGGAGAGAAACCGUUUGCUUGCACUUGGCCUGGCUGUGGAUGGAGAUUCUCCCGGUCGGACGAGCUGUCGCGACACCGCCGGUCUCACUCUGGAGUUAAGCCCUACCAGUGUCCCGUGUGCGAGAAGAAAUUCGCCCGCAGCGAUCACCUGUCCAAACACAUCAAAGUCCAUCGCUUUCCACGAAGCAACAGGACAACGCGAACUACACACUGACCCCACACAACCCCCCACCACGGAGAGAGAGAGAUAGAACAAGAGAGAGAGACCCAUUCAUUUGUGGUACUGUGAUAAUUUAUUAAGUGAGGCUCAUACGAACUGAAGAAGAGUUUGUACUCAAAACUGUUACUUGACUCGUCGGCCUCACAGAUUGAGCUUUGUAGAUUGUAUUUUUGUAGCGUCCGUGAACGUUUUCUUACGAGAACAAAUUUUGCAACGUUCAGAGUAUGUUUUUGUACUUGGAGGUAUGAACUGUUGAUGCAUUUGCCAAUCAUCAAGAUUCCUCGUGUCGCCGUUUUUCCCCCAACGUAACAAGUGUUUAGCUCCUCUAAACAAAAACAAGAAAACCUCGGGUUCAUUCGAACUACUGAUCAUUGGUAGGAUUGUGCCAAUAUAAGCUAUGGGCAAACGUAAAGAGGCUUUUUAUGUUGACUUUCUGUUGUGUGCUUGCAAGCUGUGAAACGCCUCUCGGUGAGACCAUAGAGCGAACCAACGAAAGUCAAAACACGCACAUUUGUUGUAUGUCAACUGGCUUUCUGAUCAGUAUUGAAAUUAUUGGAAAUAUUUCAGUUGUUCUCCUUUUUGCUUUUUCAUUAUAUUGGUUGCGUCAUCAAAGACUUCUAAGAACAAGAUACCUUCCGGGCCUUCGUGUUAUCUAGAUGUUUGCAGCUGGGGCCAAGAUAUUUUAACAGCAUGGCAAAACACACUUCCUUUUUGUAUCGCGACCUGAAAGAUGACAUGAUCUAAAUCAGUUGCUGUUGAUAUCAAAGCUAGGUCAAUCUUCACCCUUGUUCAAUCAAGUACCGAAUAACUCUCAAUUCUUACCUGCCUGGAAAAAUCUUUACCCCCCCGGACUACUUCACCAUCUGCCAAGUCACCCCGGUGACGGAAAGUGGAAUUGCAAGGUGCUAACCGACCUCAGCCGCAAGCUUCCACAUACAUUAGGGGACGCAUACAGGUCAAAUCCUCACGCUUGGGAAAUGUAGUCUGGGCUCCAUCUGGAGUUUAAUGGGGACGUUCUUCAUGGGAACUGUAGUCAUGGACACAGCUUGAGUGCUGAUAUGGCAUGUUGACCACAUGUUUGCUACAGGAAUGCAUGUAGUUACUAGUUGGGUGCCGAUAACUAGCGCUAAUAUUUAACGAAAGGUCUUAUUACGUGUUGUAUAAGGAUUUUACAUCCUUGAAUAUGCAACUGGUCUAUGCAGUCUGUUUUGCCAAAACAAUAGCCGAAAUGGAAGCAUCUACAAAGUUACCCAGAGUGCCUCAGGUGAUUCUUUGAUUUAAAUUUGCUCUUUGUACAGGCACAUACAGAUGCAUCCACAUAUAUAAAACGCAGUAUAUAUGGUUCCUGUACAACAGGAACUAUAUGGGUUUCUGACUGCAGUUUAUAAUUAUGGUGACAUGGUAAUCGUUGUGGUCGGGAAAUUUGAUCUUGGAUCAGAUUUUGCAGAGUUGGAAGAGAUUAGAAGCAUUCAGUCCUCUCGCAGCUCAGCACAGGACCAGGACGGGUUCCAAUCCCUUUAAAUGAAAUAUAGUGUCCAACACAUUUCUCCACAUGUUUGCUAUAAAAGUGGAUGUUUUAUUGCUGUUUGUGCCUGUUUGACCUCAAUACAUACAGGACCUUAUAGGGAUAGUUUAGCCUAAAAUGAAAGUCUUUUAUCCUUUAUUCACUGUCAUGUCAUUCCAAACCUUUAUGACUUUUUUCUUCUGCCAAACACAAAAGAAGAGAUUUUCAUCAACGCUGGUAAACAAACAACAUUGGACCACUUUGACCUCCAUCGUGUAGGCACUUCUCAAAAUAUCUUCUUUGUGUUCCACAUUUCGAAAGUCAUAUAUAGGUUGGAUAUGACAUGGGGGCGAAUAAAUGAUGACAAAGUAUUUUUUGGCGAAGUGUCCUUUUAAGUACGUAUGAAAUCUCAUAGUUUGUUUUCCCUGUUUUUAAACGUGCGCUUAAUUCAUCUCACAUGAGAAACAACAGAUGAUUGAUUUCAUAGUUCAUAGCCCCACCAAUCCAAAUCACGUUACACAUCCAUGUUGAUUAUUAUGCCGAUGGCCUGUGCGGUCAAUGCGCCCCGUUCAGGAUCACGACACGUACAGACUAACACACGGACAGGAAGGCGGAGGCUGCGUAACGAUGCAUUCCUUACUGUCGACAGGAACUUCUCGUGAAACAGGUGCUUAUGGCCACUGAAUGUAUGUAUAUUGUAUGAACAGACUUUGUACAAAAUGAUGGAUCAGAGUGUCCUGGAUAUUCUUUUACUGACGUAUCUUGCGUCUUUGAUUGUAUAAAUGUCCCCUGUAAAAUGUAAACCAAUGUACAUAAAAACAAUUCAAUAUAUAUAUAUAUAUAAAUAUAUAUAUAUAAAUAUUAUAUAUUUUCUUGAUAUUCAUCAGAUGCAUUUACAAAUAAAGUGAAAAUAAGAACUUGGA